CAAAAAGAGCCGCCGCUCCCUGUCCGAGUCAGGGCCCGUGGAGUCGUCCAAGCCGCUGCCCCACAAGCGGGAGUCCCUGGAGAGCCUCUACUUCACCCCCAUCCCCACUCGCUCCCGCUCCAAGCUGGAGAACAGCGUCGACUCCAUCGGCAACAUCACCCUGGACUCUGGGCGGAAGGCCCUCUCGGGCCGCCGGCGCACCACGCAGCUGAUCAACAUUACCAUGAUCAAAAAGCACCCCAAGCUGGAGCCCCUGGACAGCACCAACGAGUCCUUCGUCAGCCUGCGGUCCUCCGGCUCGGGGGAGAGCGACCAGGAGUCGGUCAAGACCCGCCUGCGUUCGGCAGCGGUGGCUUCCUCCUCCUCCUCCACCCGCUCGCUGGCCAGCCUGCCCUCCCAGGAGUCCCUCAUCCAGCUGGCUGCCUCUUCGCCCGAUGGCGCCUCCGGCCACGCCGCGCUGAAGAGCCUGCCUGGCUACCGACCGGCCACCCGCAGUUCUCUGAGACACUCCCAAGGUGGGGGGGGCAACCCUGGCCGGAGCAGCUUCUACGCAGCCUCCUGUGAUGAUGAGCCGGAGCAGCUGGACGGCUGGAACCGCAUCGCGGAGCUGCAGCAGCGCAACCGCAUCUGCCCGCCUCACCUGAAGACCUGCUACCCGCUGGAGUCCCGGGUGAGUCUCUCCUGCCUGGCCCGUUUCCUUCCGCUGGGCCCGGGACCCUUCGGGGGGGGCAGGGGGGUCAGUUCCCCACCUGCACGAGGAGCGUUAGUCUCUGGAGGUGGCCCCUUGAUUCGGGUCUGGACCGAAGGGGGGGGCAGGUUUCCUCCCAUAGGAAGGCCCCCCCCAAGCAGUUUCACCCCCAGGUUUUCUUUGGUUACUACUCCGUCCUUGCGUAAGUCAGCAAAUAUCUCAAUCCACCCCCCGCCCCAUCCCCAUGCCUCCGGUUGCAGGUAGUCCUCGACUUACGAGCACGAUUGAGCCCAGAGUUUCUUUCGCUAAGUGAGACCUGUGUUCAGGGAGCCAUUUGCCCCAACGUACAACCUUCAC